ACUACUUCCGGUUCAUUUUGGCCAUCGCAGAGAAGGGUUGCCACUACUCUACACACGUUUCUUUUUGAGUUUCACUGGGAAAUUAGCAGAACAACCCUGAAAUGGACGAAGUAAACGUUCAAAACAAGAUUCCCCGGGACUUGGUGAAGUUUCUUGGUGUUGAGUCUCAGAGCGCAGCAAAAGCCAGGACAUUCACAGAGGCGUUCUUAAAAAACAGCAUUCAGCAUCAGGCUCAUCAUGGAGUGAGCGACAUGUUGAGCUACAAAGCCGUGGUUCUGGGCUCCUCCAGGCCCAAGAAGGACAAGCAGAAGAGGAACAGCAAGAAAGCCAAAGGACUGAACGCUCGUCAGAAGCGGGCGAUGAAGAUCUUUCAGAUCAAGCCCGAGCAUCAGAGAUAUGAGCUUUUCCUACCUCUGCAUGAACUUUGGAGACAGUACAUCGUUGACCUUUGCGGUGGGUUGAAACCAACGAGCAACCCACAGUCUGUGCAGCAGAAGCUUCUGAAGGCCGAUUUCCACGGUGCCAUCAUCACAGUCGUCUGCUCUAAAUGUCCGUCAUAUGUGGGCACCACAGGAAUCCUCGUCCAAGAGUUCAAACAUGUCUUCAAAAUCAUUACCAAGGAGAACAAACUGAAAGUGAUCCCAAAGAGGAACAGUGUGUUUGGAGUGGAGAUCAAUGGCUUUAUCUCUCACAUUUAUGGAAGCAAGUUUGAACAGAGGGCGAGUGAGCGCUCAGCCAAAAAGUUCAAAGUGAGAGGAACUAUUGACCUGUGAAUAUGGAGCUGCUCAGACCUGAUAAUGUACAUUUAUGUGUAAUUUAAACUAUCAGAAACAACAGUAUUGGGAAGAUGCUUAGUCGUUCCCACACAGGAACUAGUCAUGAAUAAUGUCCAGAGAAUCUGGUCCUGUCAUUCAAAUAUGAUGGGAGCAGCGGACAUCUUCGUUUCAGACAGAUUCACAGCAACUGGAGAUUCUGUGGAGGAUCCAGGCGGGGUCAUGGCACCUGUCAUGCAUUAAUUUGCUGUGAAUUAUCAGUUUCUCAUUCGCUCACUUGAACAAUACUCAGACAUUUGAUUAGGUUGCUGGCUGGAAAAUCAGAUAAAAGAACACUGAUGGAUUUGAGAAGUAUUAUUUUUGUUUAAUUAAAACACCAAAACAUAAUUUUGCUAUCAGUACAGAAAGGUAACCAUCUCAUCAGCUGCACACAGCCUUUCCCUCUGACUUGCUUGAUUAUAAAAAAAAAAGUACCUGAAAUUUAUGCUACAAUUCCCUGGUCCUCAAGGAACACUGCCCUGCAUGUUUUAGAUGUUGCCCUGCUCCAACACACCUGAUUCAAAUGGUCAGCUCGUCACCAAGCUCUGCAGAAGCCUGAUAACAAGCUGUUCAUCUGAAUCAGGUGUGUUGGAGCAGGGCAACAUCUAAAACAUGCAGGACAGUGUUCCCUGAGGACCAGGGUUGGGAAACACUGGCUUAGAUUACCACCAAUUAGUCGUACUUUGAAUUACUAUGUUUUAUAAGAAUGGUGGUUUUGUUAAGCGGUGACAAAUUUAAUUCAGCUGACUGGUUAUUACAUUUGUAAUUUAAUACAUGUGGUGGCUGGUGAACGUUUUUUUCAAAUGUUUUUUCAGAUGACCUUUAACCAUGUAUCAUCAGUAGAAUGCACCAAAGCACCUGUGAAUUAAAAUACUUUGCUUAGA